AUGGGGUCAGUUGGGGGAGACCACUUCAAGGAGCUCAGUCCGGUAGUGACACCGGAGGGAAACGUAGUGAUGAGCUUCAGUUUUGACAGCUACCAGCUGGAAGAAGAAGAGCUCCAAGCCAAAGGGAACCAGGCCAAAGGGGUCCUGACUUUUAUGGAGCCAGUGACUGAGGAGCCUGAGCCUGAUGACCAGUACCAUGGGAUAUAUUUUGCCAUGCUGCUGGCCGGAGUGGGCUUUCUCCUGCCAUACAAUAGUUUUAUUACAGAUGUUGAUUAUCUGCACCACAAAUAUCCAGGGACUUCAAUUGUGUUUGACAUGAGCCUCACCUAUAUCCUCGUCGCCUUGGUGGCUGUCCUCCUGAACAAUGCCCUGGUGGAGAUGCUGAGCCUACAUACCAGGAUCACUGUGGGUUACUUCUUCGCAGUGGGCCCCCUUCUGUUUGUCAGCAUCUGUGACGUCUGGCUGCAGCUCUUCUCCCAGACGCAGGCGUAUGCCAUCAACUUGGCUGCUGUGGGUACGGUGGCCUUUGGUUGUACAGUGCAGCAAUCCAGCUUCUACGGUUACACAGGGAUGUUGCCCAAGAGGUACACCCAGGGGGUGAUGACGGGGGAGAGCACAGCUGGGGUCAUCAUCUCUCUCAGUCGCAUCUUCACCAAGCUGCUGCUGUCGGACGAGAAGGAGAACACGUUCAUUUUCUUCUUCAUCUCCAUCGGCAUGGAGCUCAUGUGCCUGAUCUUGCACGUGCUGGUGAAGCGCACCCGCUUUGUGCGCUACUACACUGCCCGCUCCCAGGAGGGCGCGCCAGAGCUCAAGGGCAGCGUGGGCACUGGCACGGGCUACCGAGUGCACCAUGAUGUCAUCGCCGAGGAAGUGCGAUUCGAGGAUCGGCAUCAUGGCCCAGGGGGUUCCCCUCAGGGCAGUGUGGGCCAUGAGGCUGAGCUGGCUGGCGGUGGGACCUACAUGAGAUUUGAUGUCCCUCUGCCCAAGUUCAAGAGGAGCUGGCCCAACUUCCGAGCCAUGAUGCUGCAACGCUAUGUGGUGUCCCGGGUGAUCUGGGCCUACAUGCUCUCCAUAGCAAUGUCCUACUUCAUCACGCUGUGCCUCUUUCCUGGGCUGGAAUCGGAGAUCCGCAACUGCACUCUCGGCGAGUGGCUCCCGAUCCUCGUUAUGGCCAUAUUCAACCUCUCUGACUUUGUGGGCAAGAUCUUGGCAGCCCUGCCCUAUGACUGGCGAGGGACCCACCUCCUCAUCUACUCCUGCCUCCGAGUCGUCUUCAUCCCCCUCUUCAUCUUGUGUGUGUACCCCAGUGGGAAGCCCACCUUCGGUCACCCUGCCUGGCCCUGCAUCUUCUCCCUCCUCAUGGGCAUCAGCAACGGCUACUUUGGCAGCGUGCCCAUGAUCCUGGCUGCGGGCAAAGUGAGCCCCGAGCAUCGAGAGCUUGCAGGUAACACAAUGACGGUUUCCUACAUGACAGGACUGACCCUGGGCUCGGCCGUCGCCUACUUCGCCUACAGCCUCACCAGUACCUCCCACAGCACCUGCUUCUACACCGAAACCUUCAAUAAUAGCUUCACGUCAGGGUACUGA